GCCGCAUUCUUGUGUGUGCUGAGGCCCAGUAGGCCAGCAUGCGACGCCGGGCCUCCCCCGUCAAUGAUGCCCCUGUUUCCGCUCUCCCCAGCCACUAACACACGCCCAGGCGUUGUCGCUCAGCGGCAGAUACCCAUGUCCCUGCACUUCUUGAAUGCCACUAACAUGGUCGAUGCGCACUAUGCACCUUUCAUCCUUCUCCACAUGCUCUCCGCCGCUCGACCAAGCUGCCAUGUACCUACAUAGUGAGAUCAUCCCUACUCGCUCUCCAACCUCGCCGGCCUCAAAUCCUCCACCUGCUCCCGUGGCACAAGAUGGAACACUCCAGAUAAUGUCCCCCGCUGCCCAUCUCCACCACCACGACCACCACGACCACCACCACACACCACGUUCCUUACCCGCUUCACUACACCUAAACGUCUUGGAUCCCAUACCACCGUCUGUCUCACGUGGGUCUGUGCCUUCCGCCAGCUCUUGCAACACCCAUAGUCCCUGGCCACAUCCUCGUCAGUCACCACACAGAGGCAGAGCCCUUUCAUCAGCCCUCUUCCCGAGCUACCGUGGUCCGUGAACGCACUUGCAUUGCCGUCUCUGUCCUAGCAAACAAGGCCGCUCUUCCUUGCUAGGUCUGCAUAUAUUACUUUGGCUCUUAUUGCAUCUCGACUUCUGCUCUAUCCUCGUUUGCCCCGCUAGUAUUCCAAGCCUUGGCCCAGUGGUCCCAUAAUACCUGCGCAUAGACCACUGACGCGUCUUGUAG